UUACCUAGUGACUGUGGAUAAUAAAAACUUGGAGAAUGGAUUGCAGCGUCCUUGUGAAGAUCAAGAAGAUUGGAGGAAGUGUGAAAUUUAUGCAUUUACAUAGUAUUGUGUACCUGGAGGAGCACUAGGUAUAUAACCAGUUGCAUCCGAUCUAGCAGGGAUAAUGUGUGUGUGUUUGGAGAGGUCUCUGUGUUGUGCCUCCAUAUCUAUCUGAGAGAAUAGAACUUCUGAACCUGACAGCGGAGAAUGGCUCAAGCAUCCGUGACUCUAAACGGAGGGGUGAACCUUCAAGCAGAGGAGUCUGAUUCAGCAACUGAUACCUCAACAUCCGAAACCUCGUCUGAUACUGACUCCUCAUCUGUGCUUUCAGAGGCAGUACCAGAUCUGUGGGGCGAAUUGGACCAAUAUUUCCAAGAAGGGUUAUCGCCAUCAUCACAGCCACAGGAUGACGCAACGGGGCAUACCUCAGACGGUCAAAACAUUAUACAUUCUUUAGAAGCUGCCCAGUUAACCGGAAGAGAUCCAGCUGAUGUGAUACCGCAUCAGAAUUUUGAAGAUCAACCGCCAUUUCACCGGGAGUCCGUCUCACCCGCUAAUCAACCGCUGAUGACCGCGGAGAGGCCUCAACCAGCGGACAGGGAUCCAGGAUUCUCAUCGGGUCGCAACCGCAGGAGAACCAGUUCUGAGAUUCCUUACCCGAGAUCCCGCGGGGCUUCCAGCGAAGGAUUUCCAUCGGCAUGUUCAAACAGACCCAGGUCCAGACCAUCCAGGUGUCAUCGCUGCUGCGGAGCUACACACCAGCAAUUGGAGCUGAUGUCUAGAGCCUUUUGGCUCCUCUGUCAGAAGUUAGGUGUACAAAGUGACAAUUUGUAA